CUCCUGUUGAGAGUAGUCUAGAAGAACAUGAUCCAACUCCACUCUCACAAAUACUUCUUCAUCAUGGACAUAUUGAAUCAGUUAUCUCUGACAAGAACCCUUUGCUAGGGGUUAUUAUGUACGACUCAUGUAGGGACGACCCCAAGGACUUCAUCAAGCGCAAGCUGGAGCAGUCAAAGCAGUCCUCUGGAUAUAUCAUGAAGAACAGUCCCAACCUUGUGAUUGGAUACGGGACUAUGCCGAACAUGAAAGCGUAUGAAGAGAAUGAUAUUAGAACCGGAGUUCAUGUCGGAGUCUACAUGAAGCAUCUUCUUAACCAUAUCAGGAACCGAGAGCUGGACAUCGAGACGGUGUUCAAGAACGUUCAGAGCGAUUUCCAGAAGUUGAACUCCAUGGCCUUGAGUGAGAAGAUGAAGCCGGAGUACAGGAGCUCCCUAGGCCAGGCCAUGUACCUCGGAGCUAACCUUAGGAAUUCAUCUCAAUAAUUAUAUACUAUAUGAAACAUGUCUUCUGGAACUAGUUGAAAAAGUACCUAUCUGGCUGAAUAUAAUUUAUUUAAUUUAUUACUCUUAAUAUAAAAUAAAUUUCUUUAAGAAGAUGA